CGUCUUCAUUCAUUUGGAUCAGUUUGAUUUUAAAGCAGUUGAAAUAUUCUGUUCCUCUUGCGAACCAUUAAAACGUUGAUAUAAAAUAUGAAUAUUCUUUUUGGAACAGCGAUGGUUUGCAUUCUGCUGGCAUACAGAGUCCAGGCUGAAUCCAAAAUACAGGAAUUUAAAAUGGAAGGACUUCCUGUGAAUGGAACGAGUGACAUAAUGUCAAAACAAGAAGUAUCAGGGAGUGGAACUCGAAACGACAAGCGAGUUGACUACUGCGGGGGUGGUUUGUACUGCCAGACAGGAACUUACUGCUGCUAUAACGGCGGCUGCUGUCUUCACGGAUGGACGUGCUGCUCUGCCAUCUAUUGCUGCGCCGGUGCCGCGGGGCUUGCAGGGUCGACACUGGGGCAAACCAUGGUGAUACUGCUCAGUAUCGCUGGCUACUUCGUUGCCAAACUGGACAAACAUACCUUUAUAUUGUAGAGCUGAAAGAUCGUGAGGAAACACCAAGUAGCUUCCAACCCUAGCUGCACAAUUGAAGAUGCUAUAGGUUAUUAUGAAACAAGCGAUUUUUUAUGUUAAAUUAAGCUUUUAUCACGAGAAGGAACAAACAAACACUCUGAUACUCAAUUUUAGAUGUAUGCUACACGUCACACUUUAUUGAAAUACCUAUGGCUGUACGUACAAAGAAUUGAAAGAACUCGUUAUAUUUUCCAUUGGACUUUCUUUUGCCUUUUUGCACUACUUGCUAUAUCGUGUGUCUUAUUAUAUGCACUGUUUCAUGUACCGGAUUUUUAACCAAUCAAGCUUUUUACACCGAAUUUUCCAGCCAUCAUGACACUAUACACCAACUGUACAGUAUCUCAUUGCUGCCUUAUAAAAAUCCGCCUGUCUUUCCUUUUGUCGAUUCGCCUGUUUGGAUACAGUUGUUAUGGCAAUGCGAACGAUUGUAUGGUACAAGAACAAGAACCCUGUGACUCAAUCAUCCAAUCUGCCUCAAUGGAUUAGAUUUUUGUUUGCUUAAGCACACAUUUUUGAAAAUAGUGAACGAAAAUUUAAAAUAAUUAUAAACUGCAUUCAUGUUUGACUCGUGCACAUUACGUAGCUCAUGCUUUCUUUAUUGUUUUCAUUGAAAUAAAAUGUUUGGCAAAUGGAAUUACUUUUCAUUUUAACAAUUUAUUAUGCAAAAUAAUAAAACAUGAAGCAUAGACAGAUGACAAUGCAAUAUUGUGUGUUGUAAACGAAUCAUAUCUCUGGGACCAAUUUUACCAAAUCUACAUUCUUUAUGUGAUAAAGAGUUUCGCUAUUAAAUUUGUAAAAUAAGCAAAUUAAACUUGAAAGAUAUGUAAAUUUCAAUCAAGACUUGUGCACAGUGUAAAACAUAGAUGUUCUUUUUUUCCGACAAACAAGUAAGUUAUAUAAACAUUUCAAGAAAGGGAGUGAAAAUCUGAAAUAAAUUCAUGGCAAUAUAUAAACACAUUUUAUAACCGCAACUCUGUAAUCCACAUUUCCAAAGUUAACUCCCUUUAUAUGUUUUUUUUUAGUGAUGUUACGUUUGCUUUGACGAGAUGGUAAUGUGAACUUGUACACAAUAGCUUUAUUUAUUAUACAUUAUUCAUAAACAAGAAUGUUCACUGAUAAUCAAAUCCCUCUAAUUAAUCCUCACACGUUGUUUUCGUUACUGAAAAUCGCAACUUUUUUAUAAUAGCUAUAUCUCAAAGAAGCCGUGUUGAUAUUUUAUGAUGGGAUAUUUUACUGUGUGUCACAUGGUUUUAUAGUUAUCCCGAUUGGCAACAUGCCUCCAAAUUGUUCCCUCUGUCAAAUAUGCUUGUGCAUUCUCGACCCUAUCACAUCUUAUGAUUGGUUUAGUUUUAAUGGAUAAAAAAUAAUUAAGAUUGAAACCUAAAACGUCACCAAUAUUGAAUUGUCUAUGUAUUGUCCAAUGUCCCUUUUGUUUGUAAUUAAUGUUUAAUAUGUUUAUUUCAAUAUUCUGUCAUUCAAUUCAUUGUAUCUUUCGCAAUUUUGCUACCGCGUUCCUUUUUGUUCGUAGGCUGCUUAUAUCAAUAUCUAAAAUGUUUUCUCUAAGUAGACAAUAUGCAUCUAUUUAGGUACUAUCCCAGAUGCAAACUUUUAUUGUUGGAAGAGAUUCUUAGCUUUGAAUUUACAUUUCUUGGUCAUUAUUUGAUCUGUUUCAAUAAAUGGUUUUAGUCGUAAAUGCAAGUCUCAAAUCUCUUACGCGCAAAAAAUAUUUUUAUUUCCCUAACUUUGUGUUUAUUUUUUUAAACUGACUUAAGUUCAAUGUAGACACUAAAAUAAUUCAAAUUUACUACUAAGAUCGUUAUUGAAACCCGCCUGAUCUUCAUGAAUGAAUAUCAACCUGGGAAACAUUUUUUAAAAAUGUUAUUGUUCAUUUAAG